UCGACCCCAGCCCCGGAAGGCCAUCGAGUCUUGCCCGUGCCUGGCCCAGGACACGCCAUGGGACAACUGAUCACCAAGCUGAUGGGCAUCUUCGGGAAACAGGAGCACAAGGUUAUCAUCGUGGGACUGGACAAUGCAGGAAAGACCACCAUUCUUUACCAGUUCCUUAUGAAUGAGGUGGUCCAUACAUUUCCCACCAUCGGUAGCAAUGUGGAGGAGAUUGUUCUUCGAAAAACCCAUUUCCUCAUGUGGGACAUAGGUGGACAGGAGGCUCUGCGCUCCACCUGGAACACGUACUACUCCGAUACUGAGGUAGUGCAGAGGCCAGUGAGGGAGCACAGUUGGGCAGGAGAAACCUUCGCCAAAGAGAAAGUCCACCACUCACAGUCUCCCUCUGCUGGCCAGUUCAUCAUCCUUGUGAUUGACAGCACAGAUCGAGAUCGACUGCUGACCACUCGAGAGGAGCUGUAUAAGAUGCUGGCCCAUGAGGCCCUGCAAGAUGCUUCCAUCCUGAUCUUUGCCAACAAGCAGGACAUGAAGGACUCCAUGACCACUGUGGAGAUCUCCCAAUUCCUCACCCUCAGUGCCAUCAAAGACCACCCGUGGCACAUACAGGGCUGCUGUGCUCUCACUGGAGAAGGGCUGCCAGCUGGGCUCCAGUGGAUGCAAUCUCAGGCCACUGCCAACUGAUGUCCCAGCCUGAGGCCAACCAGAAACUCUGGGUUUUUGUAUGGAUCACGUGGGUGGAAAACCCAAGUACUAUUUAUUACUUUUAUGUGAUUCUCUGGUGGGAGCAGGGACAGCUAUGGACAGUGAGGUUGCCACAGCCCACCUAACCCCCCACAGAGGAACCAGACUGCACACCCUGAAUUGCUGCUGACAGGACAGCAAGAAAAGCUGCCCCUCACUCCAUGGAAGCAGGUGUCUUUGGAGACACCAGAGAGACUGUUGGAUGUGUUGGAGAAUUAAGAUGUGGAGCCUCCUCCCCUCAGCUCUCAACCUCUCUGUAGGAAAAAGGAGGAGCAGAGUAAGAGACCUAUUUAUUUCCUAGAACCCCACCCCUCAACCUCUCACCCCAAGCCCAGCUUUCUGGCCCCUCAGCCAUCUUUGGACAAAAGAGAUUCUAGAAACGUGAAGAGGGUGGGUUCAGAGGGAGGGCAGACCCAAAAGCUGGGAGGGGAGAGGGAGUGGAGACAGCACAUCCCAGACGAGGACAGUCCUUGGCACUUCAGGGAGCUCCACCCCUCCCUCGCCUUCCCAUGACCUCUGAGAAGUUGGCUGUGACCACAGCUUUUAAGCUUUAAGCCAUCCCAUAGUAUGCCCUUCACUCCCAGUGUCCUUCUAAUGUGAAUCCCAUUCCUGCCAAACGUCCCAGGUUUCUACAGCGUCCUGUUAUCUUGUCUGUCUUUUUGUAAUGAUUUUGUUUCACACUGUAUUAAAUGCCAUUGAAAAGUAA